AUCAACACCCCCCAGGAUUCCCUCUCAGCUGCCAGCUCAGCUACCGACGGAAAACAAAAACUAUACAACUCGUCCUAGUUGACUCAUUUCUCAGCCUUUUUUCUUUUCGGUUGCCUCGAAUCGGGCUCGAGUUUUGUUGUUUGAACUCAGUUCGUGCUUGGAUCUGGUAAGCCUUUAAGGUAAUCCAAAAGGUGUAUCACAAUGAAGGCACUUAUUCUUGUUGGAGGAUUUGGAACACGUUUGAGGCCCUUGACUCUGAGUUUUCCAAAGCCGCUUGUUGAAUUCGCUAAUAAACCCAUGAUACUUCAUCAGAUCGAGGCUCUCAAGGCUGUUGGAGUAACUGAAGUUGUAUUGGCUAUUAACUACCAACCUGAGGUAAUGUUGAACUUCUUGAAGGAAUUCGAAACUAAACUCGGGAUCACGAUCACAUGCUCUCAAGAGACGGAGCCGCUUGGCACUGCUGGUCCUCUUGCUUUGGCUAGGGACAAACUCAUUGACGAGUCUGGUGAACCAUUUUUUGUCCUUAACAGUGAUGUUAUCAGUGAGUAUCCGUUCAAAGAAAUGAUUGAAUUCCACAAAGCCCAUGGAGGAGAAGCUUCCAUUAUGGUAACCAAGGUGGACGAGCCAUCGAAAUACGGUGUGGUGAUGAUGGAAGAAUCAACGGGGCAAGUGGACAAAUUUGUGGAGAAACCAAAAUUGUUUGUUGGGAACAAAAUCAAUGCUGGGAUAUAUCUGCUGAACCCUUCUGUUCUUGAUAGAAUUGAGCUGAGGCCGACCUCAAUCGAGAAAGAAGUCUUCCCAAAGAUUGCAGCAGAGAAGAAGCUGUAUGCAAUGGUCCUUCCCGGGUUCUGGAUGGACAUUGGUCAGCCAAGGGACUACAUUACUGGACUGAGACUCUAUCUAGACUCCUUGCGGAAGAAAGCCUCAAUGAAGUUAGCCGCUGGUUCUCACAUUGUGGGAAAUGUUUUGGUUCACGAGACUGCCAAAAUCGGAGAAGGAUGCUUGAUCGGACCAGAUGUGGCAAUUGGUCCAGGCUGCGUUGUCGAGUCUGGUGUCAGACUCUCUCGCUGCACCGUGAUGCGUGGAGUCCGCAUCAAGAAACACGCUUGCGUAUCCAGCAGUAUUAUCGGAUGGCACUCCACCGUCGGCCAAUGGGCUAGAGUAGAAAACAUGACUAUUCUGGGAGAAGACGUACAUGUAUGCGAUGAAAUUUACAGCAAUGGCGGCGUGGUUUUGCCUCACAAAGAGAUCAAAUCGAGCAUUUUGAAGCCAGAGAUCGUCAUGUGACCACGUCUUCCGUUUUGCAGGUGAAAUUAAGUAGCAAAGCAUGUAUUGUCUCAAGGAAUGCAUUUGUUCUUUUUAUUUAUUCCUUUUUUUUCACUCCGCAUGCGUUGAAUCUCAGUUUUCUGCAAGUCUGAUGGUCAUGUUCUGUUUGUCAACUGCAUAAGAUAAUCUUUGGUAUGAAAUGUGUAACUCUACUGUAUAUUACAAAAUAAAAUUAUUUCACUUUCUUUUUCGUGUUC